UUUUACGAUUGCACGUGAAUUUAUUUGGCUUACUUUUUCAAGAGAACUUUAUUGCUAAACGAUGUCGGAGAAAGAAAACAGCCUCAACAACACCGCAGGUGGUUCCCCCGCGGAAGAGGACAAGCAGGAGGAGAAAGAGCAGGAGAAGGAAAAGCAGGAAGAGCCGGCAAAGAAAAAAUCUGAGGAGGUCGGUUCUUCACCGCCACCAAAGCGCAUGCGAGUCGACGAUCCGGCCCUCGGAGAGCUGGUUCGGCUGCUCGUCGAGUUGGAUGUACAACAGGCAGAGCUGGAAUUAAGCGCUAGUGGCUGCGACUCAGGGAAUCUUGGUGGCGCUGGCGGCAGCAAUUCCAAUAAGACCCAACUGGAGUCCCAAGAGUUGGAUGUACAACAGGCAGAGCUGGAAUUAAGCGCUAGUGGCUGCGACUCAGGGAAUCUUGGUGGCGCUGGCGGCAGCAAUUCCAAUAAGACCCAACUGAAGUCCCAAGAGAAAGAGCAGGAUCAGGAAAAGGAUGAGGAGGAAGAAAAAGAGCAGGAGCAGGAAGAGCAGAAGGAUGAAGAGCAGCAGGAGGACGAGAUGGAGGAGGAAGAGGAGCUGGAAGGGAUCCCAGUUGCGGAAGCCGUGCCUGUUGAGCAGAUCAAACAUGUGCACGACAAGCUACUCAUUGACUUCAUUACGAGCUUGAAGCUACAGGACUAAAAAACUCCGAAGCCCAAAAAUUUAUAAUAUAACUAGAGCGAUCUCCCAGCCAUCAUUAAAAUACUUUGAAUCAGAUCACAAUAUAUAA